AUGAGACAAGACACGCUGCAACGGAUUCGAAACGGCUCCGCCAAUGAAGACUUGUCGCCUUAUAUCAUUGACCUCAGGGUGAGCCGAGUUUCGAAUGACCUUAUUGAUUUCUUCAUACUUCUCAACCUUUCAUCUGUCUUCUCAUCAUCUUAAGUUCUUAUCUGAUAGUUCAUUACUCAAGUGAAAGUCGAAAUAAAAAAUCUUAGGCAAUGAAUUCUUUUCAGUCAUCUCUUUGAACAUCAACAACAGCUGUGUGUUAAAAAAAACUUUAGGGAUAAGUUUAUCCCUUUUUAAAAUAUCGCGAUUUCAUUGAUAUUUGUUAUUUUUUAGAGCCCACCAGUUCGAAAAAUCUGGGAGACUGACCGGAUCGAGACGCGAAGAGCAGCAUCUCCAGCUCCUCCGAAAAAGCCAUACUCCCUCUUCGCCAAAUGCUUCGCCGAGUUCAUCGGCGUUCUUUCCUUCGUUUUCGCUGGUUGGCUUGAAAACUUCCGAACAACUGAUCAGAAAGACGUUCAGGAACCAUGCAAGCUAAUGUUUACGUAGCUCGAUCCACGGACGGACUCACUCACGCUGCGUUGAACGCCGGUUUUGCUUUGUUCGUCUUGGGAACGGUUUUUGGGCAUAUAAGGUAGGGACUGCAAACCAGGUUUCUUAGAUUCCAAUGUGCUCCACAAUUUUUUUUCGUUCAAAUUUAAGGGUUUUUCAGUGAAAUGGUCAACGUUUCAUUUGGUUUGGAAGCUUUUUGAAUGGAGCAAUACAUUCUAAAACACGACUUAAAAUGUCUAGCUUGCCUGCACUCUCUUUUCCAUUGCUUGAAAAGACUGAGGAAAAGAAAAAAGCCCGUGAAUGGGAGGAGAGACAACUGAGUCUAUUCCAAGUCAUGACGAUUUCCCCCGUGCUUCCUUUCCAAAAAAAAGACAAUAUCUACCUUUUCUACUUCAGUGGAGCGCAUUUCAAUCCGUCAGUUUCCUGGGCAGUCGCUCUAACAGGCAAACUACCCAUCGCACAUCUUCCUCUCUAUAUCGCUUCGCAACUUCUCGGAGGCUUCUGCGGAGCUGUUCUUUCUGCAGUCAGUUGAAUUUGCAGCAAAUCGAGCCAAACCUCUUUUCUGCGGGUCCUACAACGAAAGCGGCCAUUCGCGGUUACUGUAGAUGCCAGUCAAAUACCGGCGAAUGUCCGUUCCACAGUACAGCUUCAGCGCCACUACGACGUUCUGACCAACUCGACGCAUGUGACGGUUUGAAGUUGAAAAAGAAAGAAAGACAGGAAAAUUUGAGAAAACGAAAUUAAAAGAAAAAUUUAUACUCAAAAUAAAAUAAAGCAGUUUAACUACAUAUUUAAUAUUUUUGAAAAAAAUAUUAAUUUCUUAUUAUUUCGAAGCUUUUUCUUGUGAACCUCACUGAUUUAUUCAUCAAUUUAUCUCUUACAAGAUUCGAGACUCAAAAUACAGCGAUUAUUCUGGAACAAAUUGCAAAAAAGAAAAUUGUGGAAUGAAAUUUAAAUGAAAACUUCAAAAAGAUUAGUUUCCCUUUAACUUGAAAUUCCAGACAGAAAUCAUCAAGUCUCAACUUGUGGCCACUGGUUGUGGAGCGACGAUUCUGAGCUCAGAUCAUCAAUGGUGGGAGGUUUCGCUACAUUUUCUUUCCUUUUCCAGAACCAAGACACUUCAGGGCCUUAUAGCCGAAACUAUAGCCACUUUCCUUCUGGUCAAUGUUGUUCUAAUGGUAGCCGUUGACACAGACACGGUUUGACGCAUUGAAAAUCGUUUUCGAUCCAUUUUCUAUUUUCAGAUUCUAGUGGCCCCGCUGGCCAUCGCACUGAUGGCUUCUGUAGACGUUUUCGCAAUGUCAGUAAAAACAAGCAGUUUCUAAAAAAAUUAUUUGGACUUUUAAAACAAGAAAAAAAAUUAUACUUUUUGUAUACUUUACUUGACAUGGAAGGUCAUUUUUGCGUAGGAAUUUAGAUCCUUUUGAAAACUUUCCUCGAGAGGAAAAAAGUUGGAGUCUAAUUUGAAUCAUAUCAUUAACUAUAUGCCAAAAAUUUCAUUUAUUAGCUAGUCUUCUCAGAGGCGUCGAGAAACCUGAAAUAUAAAAAUAUAUCGCGCGUCGAGAUUUUAGAACCCCUUGAACCUCGCAAAGUAGAAGGAGGUCGUAAAAAACAUAAAAUAUAUUAGAACUUUAAUGCGAUAUUUCACCAAAAGCCUUCAAAAUUUAAUAGUGUAAUUAUGAAAAAAGUUCUACUUCUCACGCCUAAACUCUUCCAGAAAAUAUUGGAUCAUGAAAUCCAAAUUUUGAACUAUUUAUAGUCAUGUAGCAAAUGAGAGUAGAGUACCUAAAAGAAAAAAAAAAUUAAAAGCGCGCAGAGACACAGCGGAAUGUCGUUCCGUGAAAUUUCAAGUCGUGGCACACAGACUAUAUAACUAGAACUUCAGAGCAUCAAUAACUGGAGCGUCGAUGAAUCCGGCGAGAUCGUUUAGCUCCAACAUCGUGGCCGAGAUUUUCGUGGCACACGACGAACUUCCGCCUGGAUUCUGGGGACAUCACUACAUUUACUGGGCCGGUCCAUUCUUAGGAGCAACGAUUGCCGUAGGCGUUUACAGGUGAAUUCCAAAUUUUUAUAAGAAAAACGAAAGGACCUUUAUUUGAAAAAAAAGAACACGUAUACAUUUUUAUUUACAGGUUAUUUGAAGCACGCGAGGUUAGGCUGGUGCCGUGA